ACACGCGAUUGUUGGGUGAAAUGUUUAUGUAAAUCUCAAGGAAAAACUAAGAUAUUCAUAUUCUGGCGAUUAUACUUUACUGGUAUUAUUAUGUCUACAGUAAGAGACAAACUGUGAUUUGAAUGCGAGUCUUUUGAAGAGGUCGACCGCCACCUGCAGGAACAUAAAGUUAUACACAAACCAACCACCGGAAACAGGAAGACAGGAACAGAAAGUAAAAGUAUGUGAAUAACAUUGAUAUAAAGCGUCAAUACAAAUAAUAUCAAGAGAAUCAAAGUGAACAGUAGACACGGUGGGAUUAAAGUCAAAAUGAUGCAAGAGAAUACAAAGAUUGAAAGAUGAUGAGGAGACAUGAAGAGACUUUGGUCACAGUCAAUUCGCACGAUGUGUGGAAUGACAGAGAUUCUUAUCUCCAUCUCUCUCCUACACACAGCCUUAUCCAUGGACCUAACGUUACCUGCUCCUGUAAAUCUGAGCAUAUCAUCUCGACAUUUUGUUCAUUUAUUGUCCUGGAGCAAGGGACCGGGCUCUCCUGAUGGUGUUCACUACGCAGUCAGCAUGCGUAGACUCGGAAAUACGAGUAAGAUACUGGUAAAGGGUUGUGAGAAGGUGACAUCUCCUCCUCUGCAGUGUAAUCUUACAGAAGUGUUUUCUGACCUGGAGGACACCUAUUAUAUCAACGUAUCUGCUGUCAUGGGAAACCACACAUCAAGUGCUGCACGCUGUAGUGAAUUUAUACCCUUCAAGAACACCACGCUGGAGCCUCCGCUGGUGUCGCUCACGAACUGUGCUGCUCUGUCUCUCUGUGUGAACCUUCAAGCACCUUCUCCUCAUCUCUACAGCAUCUACUCCUUUAGACUAGAAUAUAUACUCAAGAUCAGCAUUGAAAAUGGAUCUGAGUUUAAUAUAACAGAGGGGUUAAACAACGUGACUCUGGAUAACCUGACACCCGGACAAAGAUAUUGUGUGACUGUCAGCAUCGUAAAAUACAAAUCUUCUAGCAAGCCUGCAGUGUGUGAAUCCAUCCCAUCCACCCCUACAACAGGCAGCAUCUCAGUUUCAGAUUUACUGAUUGCUGUUGUCGUCUGUCUGCUGAUGGUGCCGUUAGUCAUCCGGGUCCUUCCAAGACUUCUUAUUCACUUCUUUUAUCAGAAAGUAAAUCUUCCUGCAGUUCUGAGCUCCUUCCAGUGUCAACAUCAGAUUAAUGUUCUCCUCAUCCGUGCUGAAUCCAUCAGCGAACUCAUAGAGGACACGGACAUCCUUCAGAAGAUGAAGCAGAACAAAGAGGAACACGAAGAGUUAGAUGAAGAGACAGAGGAGGAAGGGGUGACGUAUGAGACGAUAGCGACACAACAUCUCAAAGCUCAAGAUAUGAAAUCAUCCGGCUCUGGCUCGCUCGUGAACCAGAGCUCAGGAAGCCAUCCGUGGCGUUGCUCCUCCAUUGACGCUCCACUGAGCUCUAGCUGUAGUGUUUAUGAUGGAAAUGUUGUUGUUGGGACUGCGCUGACGUCCUCUCGUCACCUCCCCGAUGAAAGAAAGCCACUGUUAAAGCCAGUAUUUCCUUUACCUCUUUCCGUGGAGAGGGAGGAGAGAGAUGAGGAAGAGGCUGAUGAUGAAGAUAUUAACCUGUGUUCAGUGAUGUUAGGUGGAGUUCUGCCGGAACAGACCCACAGAAAUACAGCUGAACUUGAACUCGCGAUAGACCCGUCUCAUGCAAAGCCGCUUGAAACCGCUGCAAGCCGCUCCUCUAUUUCGGCCCCAUGUAACUCUCUCGAGAUUCACAUCUGUGACUCUGAGGAGGAGGAUGAAUAUUCAGGGUACUUGAGUCGAACCUAACAGUUAUUAUUGAUGUCUGAUAUAGUAUAUAGAUUUUUAUACUCUAUUUUUAUAAUGCCUUCAUUUGAUAAUGAGGAUCGGGGUGAUUUACUUUUAUUCUUUGUGUUGAGUGCACACAUUAACAGUUCUCCAUUUGAUAUAAACACACAGACAGUAUUCACAUCUCAAGUAGUUAAAGGUGCCAUAGAAAAACACAAACUUACCACUCAGAAACAUCCAUUAACAAUCUCCAAACACUUGAUUAUUCCUCAAAUUCUGUAUCUUCAUCUGAUACAGACUCAAACUAUCACUUAUGUCUUUUGCUAGUUUCAACCCGGUGCAAUUAUCAAUUUUACGUUUAGCGCUACAUUGUUUAAAUAGCAAAUGCAUUUGCGCCCAUGGGUUUUCUGGUCUGAAAACGAGUUGUGUUCAGGCGCAUUGUUGGCGCGUUGCUAUUUUGAGACAACUAAAAUAGACUACGCCAUUGGUCAACUAAAACCUGGUCUAAAGUCAAUGGCGCAAUAUUGUUUGUGUUAUUUAAUGAGUGCAUUAGUAAUAUGCGCCUAUAAACGGGACAACAACGCGCGUUUGCUUAUCACACACAUGGAUGCACAGCAACACAUAAACGUUUUUUAAAUAUGAAAAAUUUAAGGAUUAAAAUAUUAUUAGUUAAAGAUUAUUAUUGAGUCUCUUGGACAUAAAUGAGGACAGAUUAUGAGACGUUCGAAGGUGUAAAGAGCUGCUUCAAACCCAUUUGAAUUGGGACACGGUGUACUAUAGACAAUGCGCUUGGAUCGUUAAAAUAGGGCCCAAAGUCUGUUUACACACUUACCGAGCUACUGAAAUGAACCGCUCUGAGAAACAGCCAAUCAGAGCAGAGCUCAAGAAUAUUUUUCAUGACCCUUUCAAAUAAGGUAAUAAUAGACCAUUUUAUUUUAAAGGCAAAUCCUAGGGUUGUAAAUAGGGAUGCUCCGAUCAGGAUUUUUGCAGCCGAUACCGAUUACCGAUUUAUUUUCUUCGUGAUCGGCCAAUGCCGAAUUCGAUUCUUCAAGAUGAUAUGCAGGGUCUUUGAUGACUGUAACUGUUAACAUGUUUUCUAGAUAAAGUAAUACACAGAUGUUGCCUUUGUUAUAUUACUUGCAGUAAUUAUGUUUAUACAAAUAUUUCUUCAUUUAAUAUCUCUUUAAUAGGCUUAAAAGUAAUGAAAAUUACACACUUCACAGUCUUUACUGUAUGAAUUUAAUAUACACGCAUUCGUAUGAAGUAUAACAGUUCUUUAGUCAAGAGCAGAAAGUGAUUUUAUUGAGAGAUGAAUUAGGUUAUUGUAGCUUUAAGAUGUGUGAGAGAGAGAUCGCUUUGUACUAGGGAUGUGCAUCGAUGCGCGUUCCCAUUAAAAAGACCUGUCUAAAAUCGAUUCUGAAUCGUAAUGCUCAUGCACAGCUUGUGCGUGUACUACGGCCUUAUCAAUCUAAAAUCACUACGAGUUUGACUCGUUUACAAGGUGCAUUUAAAAAGGUAACACUCGUCAAACACAAUCAUUCAAAAUAUUCUCUAUUAUCAUGAAAAUACCAGAACAGUGAUAUAAAUAUGCCUGUAGAUAUUUCCUGGAAUAGUGUUUGUAAUGAUACUUCUUCUGUGGCACAAAUGCAGUUUCUGCACGAAAGCGGCCUCUGGCUUUUGAAUGUGGCGACAGUUCACUGUAAUUCAUUCAAAUUCGUUAGGCUGCUGUGUGUGCGCGCGUCAGGUUUACGAAGACAAGAGCAGCUGUGUUGAAAAUGAAAGUUUAAACGCUCAAAACUUUAAAACGCAUGCAAAUAAUAAACUUUUGGCAUGAGGAUGCUAUUGUCCGCGAUAGAUGUGUUGUAAACGCAGUUUGAUGGGGAUAUGAAGACGCGUUGUGCUCGCACUGCGUAAAUGUGGUCUCACACGGCCAUCAAAAUCCGAUUUUCUGCUCAUAUGUAACCCAUGUCUGUCUCUUUGUAUGACUGUGUGAACAGCACAAACCACAUGGAAUCUGAUCUUUUCGAUUCUGAUUUGAGACACUUCCAUAUGUGGUUCUAAAUCAGAUACAGGUCGGAUGUUUUGCAAUGUGACCUCAGUCUGAACAGUCAUUUUGGAAUUCAUGCGACUUUUACGUCAUUCUAGAUUGAUGUGCGUCACAAUUGCAGAAAUAUGCACCAACGGCAUGUUUGCAAAACCACUUAAAAACAUUCAAGAACAUUAAAUAUUAAGCUUUUGUUUCACAUCACCUUAUACAUGAAAGCCCCUAACAUGCGAAUAAGUGUGUUUGACUUUCCUGAAGCGUUCCUGGACCUGCACAUGACCAGGAACAGACUGCCUCGGCUCAUAUCGUACGCUCCCACGGAACUGAGAUAAAACGUGUCGGAUGGCGCAGCUCCGUAUGAAGUCCGCAACACCCGCUCAGUAGUCUGCAUGUUCAUUUCCAUAUUACCGCGUGACGUAGUAUUGCUCUUUUGCGCAUGCGAUGCAGUUCAGGACCACGAACAGUUCACACAGCUGUCUGAUUUUAGCCACAUAAGUGUGAACAGUCAAACAAAAAAUCUGAUCUGAGCAAAAAUCAGAAUUGAUCAUUAAUGUUUGCAGUGUGAACGAAGUCUAAUUGCAUCCACAUUCAGGAGCCCUAUGAGGACAAAAUUAAACGGAAAGAUCGGUUUAUGAGAUCUGCAAAUAUAGCGAGUACAGAUCGAGAUAUUUAAUGCCGUUAUCUUCCAAUACCGAUCUGUAGCCGAUCGAUCGGAGCAUCCCUAGUUGUAAAUGGACAUGUGGAUAAUUUUUGCACUUACUAAAAGCCACAUAUCUUCUAUAUAGAUAUCAGGGGACAAUUUAACAGCUUAUUUCAAUGCAUUCCUUGGCACCUUUAAGUACACAUCAUUUUGACAUUAUGGUGUAUUUUUAAAGACGAUUGAUUGUGUGUGAUUAGAGUUCUGUCUAACUUGUAUUGCAUUAAUAGUUUAUUACUGUAUGUCCAAAACAUUUUGACAUAUUCUUAAAUGGGCAGUAUGUAGUAUUGACAUCUGAUAACUGGUAACCAAGCUGUCAAAAUACACUACUGGGUAAAUGGGUGUGUGGGAUCACACAGACCAAAACAAAAACCGACAUGCACAUUUCAAAGUAGAAAGUAGCUAUAGCAUUGUUUUUCAAAGAAACAGAUAUGUGAAGUUAGUUUCCUAAAUAUCUGUGAACAUAUAGUAUUUUUUGUACAGCCAAAAAGCUACAUAACAGCUCCUUUAAGCAUACGUGCUUGGUUAUUGUUACACAAUAUGUUUAAGUAUCACCUCACUAGCAUGAAUUUUUUUUGUCAGCUCUCUGUGGAUGCGUUUAGGUGUAAAUCAUUGUGCUGUUGUUACUGAUCGUGUCUUCAGCUGACCAGUCAAGAACAAACAAGCUGUGUUACCCCAAAGUUUUUUAAGCUGUGACAGUUGUGUAUUGAGUAUUGCGUGUUUUUGAAAGUGAGUAUUAUAAUACUUGUUCCUGAAAGUGUACCCUUACACAAACUGUAAAGAUUUUAUCCAUGAACAUUUCGGUACUUGAAUAUAUUUCAAUAAUAAUUAAACCUAGAUCUAAUUCUG